AUGAAAGAAGAAAAUUAUGGAGAUAUAAAUGAUGGAGCACUGUACAUGCGUGUUCAAAAGAAAAUGCCAGAAACUUUGUUAGCGAGAUACCAUAGGUGGAUAGGAAGUUCAGGAAAGAAAGAAUCACUUGAACAGUUAAAGGAUUGGGUGAUUCAAGAAAGUCAGUACCUUACUAUUGCUUCAGAAACAAUUCAUGGACUUAGGUCAGAAAACGAGAAAAAAUACUCACCGAAAUCAAGUGCUAGAACACGAUCGUACUAUGCUAAUCCACAAAUAGAGAAAAAGAAGAAAAUCUGUGGGGUAUGUGACAAUGAACAUGAGACACACCAAUGUGAAAAAUUUAAAGCUAUGGAUGUUCCAAGUCGUUGGGCGAUGGCAAAGGAAAAACGCCUAUGUUUUCGAUGUUUACGGAACAAUCACAGAGGAAAUGAAUGUCGUCUAUACCGAAAAUGUAACAUAGACGGGUGUGUGAAAACACAUGAUAAACUUUUGCACUCAAACAAUGACCAAUCAAAACAGGGCUUUAGUUUGAAUGUAAAUGCACAAGAAUUUACUUCAGGUACAAACACAGAUGAACAAGCAUUUACCAGCAGACAAGCAAAUAGUAAAAUUGCUUUGAGAACAGUUCCAGUAAUUAUAUCAACUGAAAUGCGAACAUUGAAAAUUAAUGCAUUAUUAGAUGAUGGAAGUUCUAAAACUUACAUAAAUGAAGAUGUUGCAUAUGAGUUAGGUUUAGAUGGAGAGUCGGAAACCGUGAAAGUUAAUUUGUUAAAUGGUAGGACAGAGAGUUUUUCGACUAAAACAGUAGCAUUUUGUAUUGAAAGUGAAAAUAGACAGCUAAAAAUGAACAUAGAAGCAAACACUACUAAAAAUGUAACUGGAUCGUUGAAAGCAGUUAACUGGAAUGAACAUUGCGGAAGUUGGGAUCACUUGAAAGGAAUACCAUUUCCAAACAUUACAAAGAAAAGUAAAGUAGAUUUACUGAUCGGCAUCAAUUAUUCAGAUUUGCACAGCACAUUAGAUGAAACAAUUAAGCAGUUUUGGGAAAUAGAACAUGUAAAAGUGGACAAACCGGAACUGUCACAAGAAGAAAAUGUUGCUCUUGGAAAAGCGAAAGAUACAAUAGAGUAUACAGAAAAAAUGUAUGAAAUAGGAAUACCAUGGAAAGAGAAUAAUGUCGAGUUGCCGAACAAUUAUGACAUGGCAUUGACUCGUUUACAAAACACUGAAAGAAGGCUCGAUAAAAACCCAACAGUUAGCAAGGCAUACAGUGAGAUAAUUAAGAGCUAUGAAGAGAAAGGGUACAUUACAAAGAUAACUGAAUCUGUGCCUCAAAAUAGCCAGUCAUGGUAUUUACCACAUUUCCCAGUAAUUAGACCUGAAAAGGAAACAACAAAAGUACGUAUCGUGUUUGACGCUUCCGCGAAGUAUCAGAAUGUAUGUCUGAAUGAUGUAGUCUACGCUGGACCAAAACUGCAGAAUGAAUUGUUUGAUGUUCUUCUCCGUUUUCGAAAGAAGCCAGUGGCUAUUGUUUGCGAUAUAGCAGAAAUGUAUCUUCGAGUCGGUAUCCUUGAAACUGAUAGACGUUUCCAUCGGUUUCUUUGGAAUUCAAAAUGUGACCCACCAGAACAGUAUGAAUUCAAUCGAUUAGUAUUUGGAGUAAAUGCGUCUCCUUUCUUAGCUCAAUUUGUAGCUCAAGAAAAUGCAAAAGCUUUUAAAGAACAGUUUCCUCGAGCUUCAGAGAGUGUGAUGAAAUCUACAUACAUGGACGAUACAAUGGACUGUGUAGGAAAUGAAGCAAUGAAUCUUUAUCAUGAACUGCCAGAAUUAUGGAAGUUAGCAGGCAUGAACCCAAGAAAAUGGAUGACAAAUUCAACUGCAGUCUUAGCUGAAAUACCUCAAGAUGAAAGAGCAUAUAAAGCUGAGGUUAAGGCAAAUAGUGAAUUACCAGCAAUUAAAACAUUAGGUUUAAGUUGGGAUUCUCAAGAAGAUGUUUUCUCACUCCGUUCACUGUGCGCGCAAAAAAUGAUUAUGCAAGACAUAUGGGUGACUGGAGUAGACUGGGAUGAUGAACUGCCUGAAGAGUUGUCUGAGGAAAUAAAAAAGUGGUUUUCAGAACUAGAACAGUUAAAUGAACUACAAGUGCCAAGGUGUCUCGAUAUAAGGAUAGAUAGUACACUACACACCUUUGUCGACGCGUCAACUAAGGCAUAUGGGGCAGUUGUAUAUUCUGUAAACGGUGGAGAUAGCGGACAGACUGUGAAUUUGAUAGCCUCGAAAAGCAGGGUCGCUCCUUUGAAAUCCAUAAGUAUUCCUAGACUUGAAUUGUUAGCUGCUAGCCUUGGACUACAGUUGACACAGGCAAUAUGUAAUGUGCUGGACAUGCCAGUUGAAAACGUGGUAUUCUGGUCGGAUAGUAUGAAUGUGCUUUACUGGAUUCAUGGAGCAAGUAGACAAUAUAAAACAUUUGUAGCAAAUCGUGUAGGGUCAAUUCAUGAAAUAACAUCUCCAAGUCAGUGGCGUCACGUACCAACAGUAAAUAAUCCAGCAGAUUUGACAUCGCGAGGAAGUUUGAUUCUAGAAUUGUCAGAUUGUUCGUUUUGGUGGCACGGACCAGAAUUUCUAAAAUAUGCAGAGGAACACUGGCCGGAAAAUAAGUUUGAAAUGACUGAAGAAGUGAAAAUUGAAAUGAAACGAAAAUCUGAAACUGACAAGAAAUACAAUUUUGUAAUUACUACGAAAGAAGAAGAUAGGCUAAAUCCUACUAACUAUUCAGACUGGAAUCAUUUAGUUAGAAUUAGUGCAUGGAUUAAUAGAUUCAUAGACAAUUGUCAAAUGUCAAAGAGAGAUAGAAGGUUGUCAAAAGAACUGUGCUUAAGUGAAAUCGACGAGGCAGAGAAAAGACUUAUAAGAAUAGCCCAAAUUGAAUGUUUUGAACAAGAAUAUACGUGCAUUUCGAAAGGUAAAGCUAUUCCUAAUAGCAGCAAAUUGGCUCCGCUGAAUCCCAUAUUAGAUACAGAUGGUCUACUGCGUUGUAAUAGUAGGCUAAAAUACGCGGAUUACAUUUCAUAUGACGUUAGAUACCCAAUUAUUCUGCCAAGAAAACAUAGUAUCACAAAACUUAUAGUGAAACAGAACCAUGAGCACGUUAAUCACGGCGGUACAAACCAAACAUUGUCAUCAUUAUCAAGCAGAUUCUGGAUUAUAUCGGCACGCGAAGAAAUUCGACAGUGGGAGAACAUUUGUGCUGAAUGUAGACGCCGUAAAGCAAAGGCAAGCAAGCAAAUAAUGGCACCACUACCUGUUGAACGUUUAAGUCAUUCAGUCAGGGCGUUUGCAAACACAGGGGUGGACUACGCGGGUCCAUUCAUUACUAAGCAAGGUCGUGGGAAAGUUCGGCUCAAACGUUAUCUUUGUGUGUUCACAUGUUUAGUGACGCGGGCGGUGCAUUUAGAAAUUUCGUACAAUAUGGACACAAACUCUUUCUUGAACACACUGUAUAGAUUUAUCAGUCGGAGAGGUGUUCCUGACACUAUAGUUUCAGACAACGGUAGCAACUUCGUUGGUUGUGUGAAUGAAUUGAGAGAACUGUACAGACAACUGGAUGAAGACGCCAUUAUUCAUUAUGCUAAUGAAAAACGUAUAAACUGGAAGUUUUUGCCGCCAAAUGCCCCCCAUUUUGGCGGAGCUCAUGAAUCAAUGGUUAAGUGCGCUAAGAGAGCUUUGUUCGCCAUACUGAAAAACGGUGACAUCACAGAUGAAGACUUGAUAACAGCAGUUGUUGGAGCGGAAGGCUUGAUUAACAGCAGGCCUUUAACGUAUCAGAGUUCGAAUCCAAAAGACAACACGGUUUUGACGCCAAAUCAUUUUCUCUAUGGACAGGCUGGUGGCAAUUUUGCACCAGAUAUUAACAAUGUUACUUCUAGAGAUCUACAACGUAGAUGGCGUUUCGUUCAAGAACUUUUAAGACACUUUUGGAAACGUUGGCUCCAAGAGUAUCUUCCUACACUUGGUGUACGCAAUAAAUGGUUUCUGGGUACUCGAGAUUUCACAGUCGGGGAUAUCGUUAUGGUCAUUGAUCCAGACGUUCCGAGAGGUCAGUGGCAUCUUGGGCGAAUCACGAAGGUAUUUCCAGGACGGGAUGGUCAUGUUCGAGUAGCUGAGGUUCACAUUGGAAACAAUAUUCUCAAACGACCAAUAACACGUUUAGCAUUAUUACAAGGAAAUGAGCAGUAA